CACGUGAUCAGCCAACACGAGCGCAAACUCUAUCAUUCGUCCUCGAGUCCACGUAGCCAGUUACGCGAGUUAUCUGAUGGUUGUGGACAAGUUGUAAUUAUCUAUGCUUCCUUCCUUAGAAUAUUGACACGUAGUUCAUGUUUAAGGAUAAACCCGGCCAAUCUAACGUGAACUAAAAGACAUUGCCAUGUCUUUCAGCUUCGGGUUUGAGGACGACGAUGAUAUCGAAUCUACAGAUACGAGCAAACAAAAUGCGCCAGUUCCAAAAAACACGAAAUCAACGCAAAAUGAAGGACAGAGCACGUCAGCGCCAGAGAUAGCACGAAGUCACAAGAUAGAGGAUUUGCUAUCCAGUCUACCAUCCAAGAUUGCCUACUCAUUCGUUGAAAUUGAAUCGCCCAAGGGGAGAAAAGUGAAGUUGCCAAGAAGAGAACUCUUUGACAUUCGAUUGCAACUCAUGGCUGAAGACGACGGCGACGAAAACGAGCAGGUUAGCCUUGACGAGAGCGAUAUCAGGACGAAUGUAUACGAAGGAGGAUACAAAAGCUGGGAAUGUUCUUUUGACCUGGCGAAGCUUCUGCUGGAUCGUGGCCCGAGAAAGGACCUCGACGACUUAUGUAGAGUUGAUCAUGUUGUUGAGCUUGGGUGUGGGACUUCGAUACCGUCUUUGAUUCUAUUCCACUAUGCUAUCACUGAGGGCUUGGGGAUAUACUUUACCUUGACUGACUACAAUGCUUCAGUACUUCGACUUGUCACCCUACCAAACCUGUUGCUCACCUGGGCCAGCACGCUGCCAGCUACUGACACACCAUUUUCGCCUGAAUCACCUAACCCACUUAAGGAAGCCCACGACAAUGGUGACUUGGAAAUUACUCCUGAACUUGUUGAAGCCUUCCUCUCCGCCCUUAGAGGCCAGGGUAUCACGAUAAAUCUAAUAUCCGGAUCGUGGUCACCCUCGAGACCUUUUCUCUCUCUUAUCCCUACGGCACCCGAGAUGAACAUCCUAUGCCUAGCUUCCGAAACAAUCUAUUCACCAGCGGCUUUAGUUUCUUUCACAGAAGCCUUGAUCGGGAUACUGAAGCAAGUAAGAAUGGGCAAAGGCAUCGUUGCAGCGAAAAAAAUGUAUUUCGGCGUUGGAGGAAGCGUCGAUGCUUUCAAGAUCGAAUGCAGAGAAAGACAGGCUGUCGCGUAUGAGAUUGAGAAUCACAAUAUAGAUCUGGGCCAGCAUGGGGGUGUUAGAAGGAGCUUAGUCGAAGUACAGAUGCUUUAAUGUAACGAAACUGAGUUUCCGUUUUG